AUGGCGAGCCCAGGUAGUAAAGGCUCCUGUCAGGUCGUUUGUAGAGUAGGACCGGAUUUUCAACGUUAUCCGGAACUUGGAGUUACAAAUCACUACCAACCAGACCGGACUCGCUAUCCGAUCGUGAACUACCCACAUGCCGCCGUUGAAUUGACUGGCGUCUAUAAGACCUUUCAAGCCAUUGCCAACGAUACAAAUGCCUAUGAAGAAGGCGCAGCCAAAGUUUCAAGGUUACUGCUGGGGCAGAAAUACCCUCUCCUGAUUCAUUGGGAAAACGACAUCUACGGUGUUCGAAAGACUACCACCCAGGACCAUUACGCCGAUGAUGAUAUCCUUUACGCCGGCAAGGAUAAACCACCAAAGAUCAUGAUUAUGCUUGAAACAGUCGACAAAAAGUAUAAAAAGAAACAUAUAGGAAGCGGGUGCAAAGUCGUCCCCUGGAUUUAUGACAACGAGGGCAGAAGUCUGGGGAAUCUAGUAGACCAUCAUCACUCUAUACGGACCCACGACUUGGGUGACUAUGAACCCCCACCUCUCGAUAUUAGGCAUGUUCGCUUGGAAGAGAAGGUGACCUGCUUUAUGGAUGGAAAGAAGCUACAAAUUGAGUACUUCAAUGAUACACUUGAGAGACACGAUCCAGCCACGGUUUUUGCCCACACCGACGAUAAAGAAAAUCAACCUUUCAAGCACUUUGUGUUUACAAAUAUCUGA